ACUGCUUUGGAUGAGAUUUCUCUGCUUCCCCUGAUCCAUCGUGCUUGGAUCGUUCUACUGUUCAACUUGGUUCUGGAAGAUGGCUUCUGGGGGAGUCAUUCCUAAGAUUAUGAGGUGCAACGGGCGCACUGGAUUCUCCAAGCUUUGGAUGCAACCUGAAAUGAGGCAACUCCUCCCCGCUUUCUGUAAGCUAAGGAAGCUAUCCGUGCGUGGUAUAUUGGUUGAAUUCGACCUUUUAUGGACGACAGCAUUUCUUUUGGCGGCACCAUGCAUUGAAAUAUUGCAUAUUGAGGUUUGGGAACAUAUAUGUGAUGUUGAUGAUAAGUCCAGACAGCUGCAUACCGAAAGAAGGAGCCCUCAGUGGGAAAUGCAAUUUGACGGCCCUAAGAACAGGUUUUUGAAAGAACUAGAAUUUUCUGGCUUUAGGUCACUAGAACAACAAUUUACAUUUAUAAGAUCCAUGCUGGAGCGAGCUCCGAAUUUGCAGAUGGUAAUUCUGAAAGGAGAUGAGCGAUGUGAGUACUGCGAUGCUCUUGAUACACCUCGUGCUCUGAAAUUUCCUAAGAAGGAUGAGCAAGAAAUGGUAGUUAGACGAAUUCAAGGUGGCAUAUUCUCACCACGGAUAAUUUUCGACCAAUAAGGAGCUGUACUAAACUUGUUAAAGAGGGCAUAUCUCGGGUGAAAGGAUAUUCAAUAUUUAAGUAGCAAGAAACAUUAUGUAUGCUCCAGGUGUGCAGAUGAAUUUUUGUUUACUGAGAAGAUGCAACUAAACACGCUCGUGCGAAAUAUAAUACAAUUGGCACAUGG